AUCAGGUAGACAGAAAGCUCCAGAGAAGUCACAGAGUGGUGCAUCUGGUGCAGGUGGAGCUUCGGGUUCGUCGAGUUUAGCAAAGGACAAGUCCAGAACGGUACUUACUAUGGACGAUCUGGGCUCCGCUUUGGCAGAGUAUGGGAUCAAUGCCCGCAAGCCGGAGUUCUUCCUAUAACUCGAUGGUCCCUUUAACUUAUUCUCAUCGCAACUAUGCAUGCAUCGUUAUUCGUACAUCGUAUGUAUCCCUUCGCCUGGCCUUAUAUGCUUAUGUGGGAAAUAUGUAUUGCUUGCCGCACAUCAUCGCUAUAUAUCAUUUGGUAUUACUGGACGAAGACGGCCCCGCACGUACCCAAAUGAAGGAUACAUGCCCUCGAUCCGAAGUCCUCUGAAUACAAUUUCUAGUGUCAAAACACGAACCAACAAACUGUCACCCACAGACUCAAAUGUGCGCCACCGUCCGAGUAUUGGCCAAGGAUCCUUGAGUUCCCAAGGAGAUAGAAACAGGCCACCGUUCGACGUCGAAACACUCAGGGUGACUGAUACCUCCUAUCGAUCGAUCGGUGUUAGGUACAUUUACUCAUUAGUCAUCUCUAUGUUGCUUUGUGUAGUAAGAGGCUCUCCCCUUUGGGGAGUGGGGAAGGAACCUAACCCUGCAACUACGUUUUCGAGCAUCGAGUGUGUUACUUUCUUGGCGAUGACUGUAACCCGUUGUACGCUCCAUACGCCCCAACGGCCCGAACCGGCCCUCGUUUUCAUGGCCACCCGCACAUGUUAUCGCAAUGGUCAAGCACUUAUCAUGUAAAAUCGUCAACCUGCUGAGAUGUAUUCGACAUUUGUUCAAAGUGAAUGACGCCGGUGCUUAAUUUCCGAGAAGCGUCGUAGGCCAAAUGUAAUUUGAAAUCCAAAGUCGCGUAUCUUAUAAAGCGCUUGAACAUGGGGUCGAUAUGCCUAUGCCCUGCCUGGC